AAUUGCACAUUUGGAACUGAAAAUUAAUCAAUUCGGACAGAAAUAUUUAAUAGGGAAUUUUAUAGAAAUCGAAUGUUGGAAGUUUAGCAGAAAGUUUUGCAAGUUAAGUGAUACACACCUCACGGUGUGUUGUUUAUCCUGUGAAUCACUUUCCCUCUUCGCACGCGCGUUUUAACACGUUCUCUCUUAUUGCCUCUGAUACAAACUGCAAAUGUGAUAAACAAUCAUGUCACUGGACCAGACAGUAUGUGAAGUACCUGUUUCUGCACUUUCAGACCUGAAGGCUUUUGAGAGACGACUGACUGAGGUUAUAGCUAGCCUGCAACCUGCAACACUCAGAUGGAGAAUGUUGCUGGGUUUUAUCUCAGUCUGUACUGCUGUGGGUGCUUGGCACUGGCUGACAGAUCCUAAUACAUCGGCAGUGUCCUUUACACAGAGUCUAUGCAAUCAUCCAUUCUUUACAAUGGCUAGUAUAAUAUUAGUGAUAUUAUUUAUGAUGGGUGUACAUAGACGUGUAAUAGCGCCCAGUAUUAUAACUCAACGUGCCAGAAGUGUUCUUGGUGAUUUCAACAUGAGCUGCGAUGAUACUGGAAAGUUGAUUCUGAAGCCCACAAGACCUCCACAUCCACAUGAGACUUAAGAAUAAUAAACAAAAUCUAAGUGACAAGUUGGAAUGUUCGUAACUACUAAAUAUGAAUAUUCAGUGUUGAUCUUUUUAUUGGCCAUAUCUAUGUAUAUGCUACGAGAUUUACUAUGAGAUCAUAGCAAAUGAAGUGUUUGUCUUUUUUGGACUUGAAUUGGAGUUCAAUUGCAUAUGUACAUGAUCCUGUAGAUUACUUCAAUCUUUAUUAUGUACAAUACUUAUAUAUAUCGCAAACAUUUAUUAUAGUGUUCAACAAUUUUUAAAGAGAUAACUUAUCAGUGUCGGUCCACAAUAGAUAUUUUAAGGCUCAAGGCUUAAUAUCUAUUGUAGGCCGAUAUUCAAGUAUGUUUAGAAAAACUUGUCAAUCAAUAUCAGGUUAGAUUUAUUUAGAGAAGUGAGUUAGAAUGUUUGACGCCCUGUAAAUCACGUAACGUAUACGUAGCAAAAUUGACAUGUAUGUUAGACGUGUUAAUAUAUUUUGAUACAAUGUACAUAUAGGACAAGUCGAUAUUUGUACAGUUUACUUUAGUAAAUUGUGGGGAAAACUAUUUUAGCAAUAAGAUAGUGGUCAAACUGUAAUCAAAUUGCUUGUCAAGGGUCUUCUUAUUUGAAUCAGUUUACAAAUAACUACUGUACAGUCUAGCCUGUAUUCUGAACUCUCUUUUAUCUGGUAAAAAGUGUCUUUAAAAAUAGCUUAAGAACCACUCGAUUGAUUGAGGAGCCACACUUAAGGUACUUUUAUCGAUAAAAGUGUGUUCGGAACAUGAGCCUAUGUAAGUUCUGUGUUCAGAUUAAUGGUUAAGAUGGCAAAUCAAAUGGAUUAUGCAUCACCAUCUGUAUAUAAAUACCUAUUCAUAAGUGCUCAAUGUAAAAUACCGUUUUCCAAUAGAGUUAAGUAAACACGUGAUAUCCAUUAAAGUUUAAGAAAUGGAUUGUUGUAAUGGUUCCAAUAUAC